GUAAUUUCCUCCUCUCUCAUCCUCGGUCGCUCUGCUUACACUCCCUUUCCAGCACAUGCAUCACCCCUCACUGGCUUCUGUUCUCUGUUUCUUCUUUCUCCCGGGCUGAGGCGAGUUCGCCUGCAUCCAGCCCUGCUUACUUCGCCCUCGUUCUGUCUGCGUUUCAUCGGAACAGGUCGAGUCCUUGUUCCCCGCGCUGUAAACAACACCACAACGUCAAAUACCGAGACUCGCGCUGCUUGCUGACUGCCCCUUCUCUCGGGAAGACUUUGGAUUUACGUGUUUACGAUCCGUGAAGGAGAGUUCCAUCUCUGAUCCUGCAGCCAUGGCGGGAAUGGAGGAGUUGGAGGUUCAUAGCAAAUCCUAUCUCGUGCGAUGGAUCCGUGUCAAAGAAGAACAUACUAUUUCCUGGAGCAUCCAGCCUCACAAGAAGUCCCUCAAUUUUGGCAUCUUCAAGCAUCCAGGUCACUCCGUGACCGCAAAUGUCCCCGGAUCAGGCUCCCACAGCACUGAUGUGAGCGAAAGCAAUCCGUCAAGUGGCUCUACGGGAGCGCGUCAGAAUGCAUCAAUGCCAGUCAUCGAGAAAUUGACGGGAAUUGGGUUGAAACCCAUAAAGUGGAUUGGGAAGUGUGAGGCCGACAAGAUCUCCCAGGGCACCUACGACGUUCCUCGGAAUGAGGGAGGGAAUUACGCUCUUGUCGUCGACAACACCUUCUCCAAACAGACCUCCAAGACUGCUACGCUCGUCCUGCUCACUUAUCCCACCGCUGUGCCGCCGCAGUCCGGUCACCAAGGCAUCCGCUAUAAUCCGGCCGGCGCCGCGCCCACGCCUGCGGAUCCCGAGGCUGCGAGCAAUAAUACCCGCGGGGCCUCCUAUCUCGAUGUUGGCAAACCCGGCGAUGCCUCGAGACAGGCAAGGGGAAGGCGUCGGUCGCUGGUGGCGAAGUCGGUUAAUAACAGUAACAAUGGUGGUAGUACCAAAGGGCUGCCGUCAAGUUCAGAAUUGUCUGGAGAUUCGCCUACGACCGUUCACACGGGCAUUCUACAGAAGCGAAGGAGGAAACGGCACCAAGGCUGGGCAAGGAGGUACUUCUCGCUGGACUUCGGAUCGUCUACGCUGUCCUACUACCACGAUCGCAACUCCUCCGCUCUACGCGGUGCUAUUCCCCUGGCCCUGGCAGCCAUUGCGGCUAACGAGAAAACGCGGGAAAUUUCUGUGGAUUCCGGUGCCGAGGUCUGGCAUCUUCGGGCGAGCAACGAUCAGGAUUUUGUAUCGUGGAAGCGUGCGUUGGAGAAGGCCUCCAAGACCCCUGCUGACGAUACCCAGCAGAACGAUAUUAUCCGUCGAAUACCCUCUCUCCGCAUCGCCCCCAAUGCUUUAGAGGAGCGUGAAUGGAUGCAGAUCGAGAGACUCGUGGGUCAUGUGGCUGGCUCAAGGGAUGCAGUUAGACAGCUCGCAAAGGACACAGAUCCCAAAUACCUUCCACCACAGAUUGCCUCUCCCUCGGAACGCCCACGAGAACGAUCGCCAAGUCCCAGUUCCCGUCUGAGUCCGAAUGCAGCUGAGGCGACGAAUGGAGAUGAUCACUUCGACUCGCGUGACAGACGACCCUUCUGGAAGCGCAAAGCAAGCUUCAACUCCUAUUCAGGCUCUAAGCGAGGCCCGGUUUCUCCACAGCUGACUGUCCCUGGCCAGUUCUCAGAUGUGGCAUCAAUCACUGGGGAUCGGAAGCCCAGUAGCAUCUCCAGCCAUGCCGAUGGCUCAGAGGAUAUCCACGACCGGUUGAUGGCUGUUCUUCGGGAUCUAGACAGUGUCGUGGCUGAAUUCAGCACGAUGUUCGCGGAAAGGAAAGAACGGUUCCAUCCACCAACGCUUUCUGCUCACUCUCGACGGAGCAUUGAUUCCGAUAUGUCGCAGGAAUUCUUUGAUGCCAAGGAUGGGGCUAUGUCGCCGAUACUUACCAUCCGGGACAGUGACGAUGAAAAUGAAGUCAAGCAGGCGGAGACCGUGGCAGACUAUGUGUCAUCGGACAGUGACGAGGAAGACCUCGAGAGGUCGAUCUCGAAUGCUUUGCAGAAUGAGAGUGCUUUGUCCUUAUUCCCCGUUAAACCAAGGUCGCUUGUCCCUUUGCCAAUAAGUACCGUCGUCAAACGCCGGACGACCGUACCCGCGCCCACCCUCAUGCCUCCAAGUUUAAUUGGGUUUCUACGCAGGAAUGUCGGCAAGGAUUUGUCACAGAUUUCCAUGCCAGUGUCUGCCAACGAGCCGUUAUCCUUGCUUCAACGUGCGGCGGAGCUAAUGGAAUACUCUGUUUUGUUGGAUAAGGCUUCUACCUCCACGGAUAGUGUGGAGCGCCUCAUCUAUGUAACUGCCUUUGCGGUCUCAUCACUGUCAAACUAUCGGGUCCGCGAGCGUGCCAUCCGCAAGCCCUUCAAUCCCAUGCUGGGGGAAACAUUCGAACUCAUUCGUGAGGACCGUGGGUUCCGAUUCAUUGCCGAGAAGGUAUCUCACCGACCGGUGCAGCUCGCCUACGUGGCCGAAAGCAAGGACUGGAGCAUCACGCAGUCGCCUAUGCCGACGCAGAAAUUCUGGGGUAAGUCGGCGGAGAUCAUCACGGAAGGCAUAAUCAGACUCACCCUGCACACCACCGGCGAGCAUUUCAGCUGGUCCCCCGCGACAUGCUUCCUCCGCAACAUCAUCGCUGGUGAGAAAUAUGUUGAACCAACCGGAGAGCUUUUAGUCUUCAACGAGACGACCGGUCAGAAGACAGUGUCCACAUUCAAAGCUGGCGGCAUAUUCUCUGGCCGCAGCGAAGACGUCACCUCCAAAGCAUUCGAUCCCUACGGCAAAGAACUACCCCUAGGCAUGGUUGGCACCUGGACGACUUCUCUUCAGCUCGUCAAGAACGGGUCCCUCACAAACACAGCCAUUUGGGAUGUUGGUCCCCUCGUUCCUGACGCCCCCAAGCAUUACGGCCUGACCAGCUUCGCCGCAACCCUGAACGAACUUACCCCGAUCGAAGGUAAGAAGCUUCCCCCGACAGACUCGCGACUGCGUCCGGACCAACGCGCCCUCGAAAACGGAGAUGUUGACCGCGCUGAGGAAGAAAAGACUCGACUGGAAGAGAAACAGCGCGCGCGGAGACGUGAGAUGGAAGCAGCCGGUGAAUCCUGGGUGCCGCGGUGGUUUACACGGGUUGAAGAUGCCGCUACAGCUGGUGCCGGCACAGAGAUCGUGUGGCGCCUGAAAACAGGUAAAGACGGAUACUGGGAAGAAAGGGCCAAGGGGACUUGGACGGGCGUGACACCCGUGUUUUAAUCCUUUUCUUUUUAGGGACAAAAGGAAGAAGAGUAAAGUAAAAAGAUGAGCAUGCAUGUACAUAGUUUAUAUGUACAUACCGUCUACGAGGCUAUGAAUAUUGCAAUAAUGCGUCGUUUAAUCAAUAUCGCUAGUUUUCUUCGUGG